CGCGGGGGGCCUCCCGGACUUUGAGCGCGCGCCUCUGAGGCUGCGGAGGGAGCCGUCGUGCUGCGCUCGGCCAGCUGGAGCUGCAGGUGCGCGGGACAGGACUACAAGUCCCGGCGUCCCCAGCGGGCCCCCGCCGGGCCUCGGCUGCCACUUCGGAGAGCCGGAGAGCGGAGCCAGAGAGGCAGCCGUCGGAGGCGCGGCGGCGCCGAGCGCUGGCUUCUCGUUGGGCUCCUGGGCUGCUGAGCGGCGGCGAGCCGGAGCAGCAGGAGCAGCAGCAGCAGCAGCAGCAGUAGCAGCAGAAGCAAGAGGAGGAGGAGGAGGUGGAGCAGCGGCGGCGGCGGCGGCGGCGGCGGCAGCAGCAGCAGCAGCAGGAGGAGGAACAGCAGCGGCGGCAGCAGCGGCACUAGCACUAGCAGCAGCAGCAGCCACCGCUGCCGCCGACGGCUGCAGGGAGUCCCGGCGGCGGCCGCGCGCUCGGGCCGUCCGUGGCUCCCCGCCAGCCCGGGUGUCCGGGCUCUGGCUCUGGCUCGGGGCUCUUCCCCGUCUAGCCCGCGCGCCCCCAACCCCCGGGUCCCGAUGCCGAGGCAUGGAUAGAGCGGCGCCCCGAUCAGCGGCAGCGAUGGGGGAGAAGAAGGAAAGCGGAGGGGGCGCGGCAGCUGCAGCAGAUGUGGGCGCAGCUGGAGCCGGGGCCGGGGCCGCGGUCGGCCGGGCUCUGCAGCAGUGCGGGCAGCUCCAAAAGCUCAUCGACAUCUCCAUCAGCAGCCUGCGGGGGCUGCGCACCAAAUGUGCGGUGUCCAACGACCUCACCCAGCAGGAAAUCAGGACCCUGGAGGCUAAACUGGUUCGGUACAUCAGCAAGCAGAGGCAGUGCAAACUCAGUGUGGCCCCCGGGGAGCGCACGGUGGAACUCAACAGCUACCCACGCUUCAGUGACUGGCUGUACACCCUCAACGUGAGGACCGAGGUGGUGCAGAAGAUCUCCGGGGAGCUCACGCUGGAUGCUUUGCUGGAGAUGAACGAGACGAAGGUGAAGGAGACCAUGAGGCAUUGCGGUGCCAGCGCCGAUGAGGUCAGCCGUGUACAUUAUGCCCUCUCCUGCCUCCGGAAAGUGACCGGCUUAGGUGGGGAACCAAAGGAUGACCCCGCGUGGAGCCCGCUGGAAACCCGGCACGAGAGCGGCUCAGGACCUCCCAUGGACGCCCUUCCCCCAGCCGGCUUGACUUGGACUCCUGGGGCCUCCCAGCUCAGUAAAGGCGGCCAACAGCUCCGCUCCGUCUCAGUUUCCGCCCUCCCCACGUCGGACACUCCGCCCCAGGGCCAGGGGCUCUCUGGGUAUGGCGAGGGCCUCUCGGACAGUUAUGUUUCCCUGCAUCACAGUGGUAGACUCACCCCUCGCACCCCACACAGCUUCAUCACCCCCCCAACCACGCCUCAGCUACGACGGCAGAACAAGCUCAAGCCCCCCCGGACGCCGCCCCCACCCAGCCGCAAAGUUUUCCAGUUACUUCCCAACUUUCCAGCCCUUACCAGGAGCAAAUCCCAUGAGUCGCAGCUCGGAAACAGAAUCGACGAGGUGCCCUCCAUCAAGUUUGAUCUCCCCCACGGAUCCCCACAGACGGUACGAAGAGACAUCGGCCUCUCAGUGACCCAUAGGUUCUCAACGAAGUCUUGGCUGUCCCAAAUUUGUCACGUGUGCCAGAAGAGCAUGAUGUUUGGAGUGAAGUGUAAGCACUGCAGGUUAAAAUGUCAUAACAAAUGCACAAAAGAAGCCCCUGUUUGUAGAAUAUCAUUCCUACCAAUAUCUAAACUACGGAGGACAGAAUCUGUGCCUUCAGACAUCAACAACCCAGUGGAUAGAUCAACAGAGCCCCAUUUUGGAACCCUCCCAAAAGCACUGACAAAGAAGGAACACCCUCCGGCCGUGAACCACCUCGACUCCAGCAGUAACCCGUCCUCCACCACCUCCUCCACGCCGUCCUCCCCAGCGCCCUUCCAGGUUUCCAACCCCCCCAGCGCGACGACCCCCCCGAACCCAUCCCCGAUGGCCCAGCGGGACAGCAGGUUCAAUUUCCCAGCUGCCCACUACAUCCAUCAUAGACAGCAGUUUAUCUUCCCAGACAUUUCCACCCCACCACAAGCGCCCCAAGUCCCUGAUGCAACUGAAGAGACGCGGGUCAAUGACCACCCGAAAGCCAGCGUGGCAGAGGACCACGAAACAGAGGUGGAGGAACAAGAGGCAAGUAAGUCGGAGCUGGAGGACGACGAGGACGAGCUAGAUGACCUCCCAAACUCGCGGAAGCCGUGGAAGGGGAUGAUCUCUCGCAAGGCCAGCAAGACCAGCGUCUACCUGCAGGAGUGGGACAUUCCCUUUGAGCAGGUGGAGCUGGGGGAGCCCAUCGGGCAGGGACGGUGGGGGAAGGUCUACCGGGGCAGGUGGCACGGGGAGGUGGCCAUCCGCCUUCUGGAGAUCGACGGCAACAACCAGGACCAUCUCAAGCUCUUCAAGAAGGAGGUGAUGAAUUACAGGCAGACGCGGCACGAGAAUGUGGUGCUCUUCAUGGGGGCUUGUAUGAAUCCGCCCCACCUCGCCAUCAUCACCAGUUUCUGUAAAGGGCGGACGCUUCACUCGUUUGUGAGGGAUCCCAAGACAAGCCUGGAUAUCAACAAAACCAGGCAGAUUGCUCAGGAGGUCAUCAAGGGCAUGGGGUACCUGCACGCCAAGGGCAUCGUACACAAAGACCUGAAGUCCAAGAACAUCUUCUAUGACAAUGGCAAAGUGGUCAUCACAGACUUCGGGCUGUUUGGGAUCUCUGGAGUGGUGCAGGAGGGCAGGCGGGAGAAUGAGCUGAAGCUGCCGCACGACUGGCUGUGCUACCUGGCCCCUGAAAUCGUCCGGGAGAUGACGCCGGGGAAAGAUGAAGACAAGCUACCCUUCUCCAAAGCCGCUGAUGUGUAUGCCUUUGGGACGGUUUGGUAUGAGCUACAAGCAAGAGACUGGCCUUUUCAGACCCAAGCUGCAGAAGCCCUGAUCUGGCAGAUUGGAAGCGGGGAAGGCGUCAAGCAUGUUCUGGCCGGGAUCAGCCUGGGGAAGGAAGUCAGUGAGAUCCUGUCUGCUUGCUGGGCUUUCGACCUGCAAGAGAGACCCAGCUUUCCCCUCCUAAUGGAAAUGAUGGAAAAACUGCCCAAACUGAACCGGCGCCUCUCUCACCCAGGCCACUUCUGGAAAUCGGCUGAGUUGUAGCUCCUGGCACUGCCUUGCAUGCCUCCUCGGCUUUUUUCCCCUCUCUCCUAAUCGGCUUCUCAACUCAAACAGUUGCCUCUACUGACUAAAAUGCAAACCUGGAUUCUUUGCAUUAACCAUGGGGGAUGUAACCUCCGCCUCGCCGAAUCCUUUCCUCUGAAAGUAUUUUUAUAUAUAUAAAAAAUCCUUCCCUUUUUGUUACGAUUUUUGUUGUUAUUUGGGGUUUAUUUUUUUUGCUUGUAUAACACACUCGUUUUGGGGAAAUAACUCCUUCACUAAGUGUUGGAUGUGGCCGCCUGUGUUUAUUCCCCACCAAAGCACUUUGAUCAGCUUUGAAAACCCCCGCCUGGAGGUAACUUCUGGGUUUCAGGCAGUUCUUUCUCACUGUUCCCAUCAGCCCCAGGCAGAGAAGCCUGGAGCCCAUGUUGUAGGGGUGAGGGAUGUUUGGCAUCGAGUCCAUUGAGUCAUCCUAUAAGCAGCAUCACGAGGCUAAGGCUUGAGCCAGAGCCUAUAAAGAAAUCAGGGAAAGGUUUGCAAGCCCUUUCACCCCAGGAUGUAGUGGGAAGAGUGUAUGACUUGGAGGCAGAGGGUUCAAAUCCCACCUCUGCCACUGACUACCAGAGUGACCUCGGGCAGAGCCCCUGACCCACCUGGGCCUCCAAGGUUCCCUUAAAUCAGGGGCUCUUACCCUUCUUUGGGCCCCAGGCCCCUUGGGCAGCUGUCUGGUGCAGCCCCUGGACCCCUUCUCAGAGUCAGGUUUUUUAAAUGCCUAAAAUAAAAUGCAGAGGAUUGCAAGGGAAACCAGCUCUGUUGAAAUACAGUGAUGAGAAUUUCUAAAAGAACAAACUCACAGACUCCAGCCUUCAAUCCAUGGUCCUGUGAUCAGGAGGACCCAGCCUGAAAUGUCCAUGGAAGAAAAUUUCCUCUAGAUGCUGUUUCUGUUCCUGCUCUCACAGCCUGGAUGGAUGGGAGGCUGUCACAAGGGCUACCCUAAAGUUUGCAUGCCUGGCUAGCAUGGGCUUUCCUCACAUCCCCCGGGGCUUCUCCUAGCACUGUGGGGACCCCAGUUAAUGCAAACCCCAUUUAAUACAGUAAAGCUAGAGGGGGUGUUUUGCAGUGGCAAAUAUUGCAUGAGGAGUCUGAGGUCCUGAGUUCGAGUCCUUCUCAAUUCUUAACUCCCCGUGUGACCUUGAGGAAGUCACUUCUCUCUCUGAGUCUCAGUUACCUCAUCUGUCAAAAUGAAAGGGAUAGGAGAGAGGAUCCCAGACAUCCCUUCUGACCCCAAAUUUAUCCCGUGUAACCCUGGCACAGACCCAGGAUUGCCGAGUGCCAUGAAUUGGCACCACAGGAAUUCUCUGAUGGGAGGUAGUACUUCUGCAGCCACCUUGCUCUUGAGGCUUGGUUUACUUGUUAAUCUUGGAAAGUCAGUUAAAAAAAACCAAGAGCAUUUUUUUCUAAAUAGUUGCCUGGGUGCCUUUUGUUUUUACAUCUCGAUCUUUCCCAGCUCUGCCUCACUUCCUCCUUACCCUGAAAAGUCAGCCCUCUAUUAUAAAAACAACAACAAAAAAGGACAAUUAAGCCAAGCCAAGCUCAGUGACUGUGUAUGCCACAUUCUGUGCCCACAGCCCCCCCCCCCCCACCUCUCCAACCAAAUGGAGAUGGGAAAGACUUUAAUUUUAUGACUUGAAAAAGGAUCCUUGCUCUCAGUCCACUUGAGUGGCUCUCCACUUAACAGUUGGGGCUCCUUUGGUGCUUUGGAUCCUUCAGUUAUUGUGAACUUCCUUUUAUGGGUAAAGAUCCUAAGGAAGAUACUUCCCUCUCUGAGUCUCAGUUACCUCAUUGGUCAAAGUGAAAGGAAUAGGAGAGAAGAGGGAACUCACCUAAAUCACCAACGUGAGAUUUGAACCUGGGUUUUCUUGACUGCUAGGCUUCCUCUGCUUACCAGAUGGGGGCUUCACACCUGGGGCAGCCCAUGUUAGGAUUCUUCUUGUCAUGAGACUCAGUCCUUCACUCCACCUCCUCACCCCUCCUCUCCCCCGUUUUCUAGUCUACCCAGACCAAUGCCCAGGAAAGCAAAAUGGCGGCUUGCCUUCCGUCUCUUGCAAAGGCAAGUAAGUGGUAGUAGGAUGCCCUGGCCUUGUUACUGGUGAAAUCCUUGUUACCCUUUUGUCAGAUGCCUGGGCUCUUUGUUGGACCCUGGGGACUCCCCCCCCCACUGCCCCCCCACACACACCUGUUUGAAGGUUUAGGGACUCCAGCAGAAUGCCACAAUGGGGCUAAACCAUGUGUUUCUCUUCCUUUUUUCAGCAUUAACAGUAGCAAAGUUGUGUCCCGGUUUGAAAGGUUUGGCAUGGGCAUCCCGGAGUCCAGUAAUCCAAAGAUUUAGCCUGGUGUGCAAUGUUUCUCACUGCUGUUGAUUUAUAUUUUAUUUUAUUUUUUGUUUUGUGGGUUUGUUGUUCUCCUCCUUUAUUCUCUGUUCCCCCACCCCCAUCCCCAACAACAACAACAACAACAAGAAGAAAAUGAAGAAGAACUCAACUCUGCAAACCAUCAGCCACUUCUUAAGACUCUCCCAGCAGAGCCAGCCAGGAGCCUGCCCACCACCAUCAUAACAGACUCUUUGCACACACAUAUAUUUGUCUCCUGAAUGUAGAGCUGCACAUAGUGUGUAUGUGUAUAUAUGGACACACACACACGAUCAGAUAUAUGUAUAUAUUCACAACAUGCAUAGUAUGCAUGUGUGUACAUACAUAUACAGGCACAUAUAUGAUUCUCUAGGUACAUAUAUGUGCGUGUAUAAAUCCAGACAGACAAUAAGUUUACAUGUAAGUUUUCUGUUGAAUGAACUUGGUUUUUAGUGGGGUUUUUUUGUUGUUGUUGUUUUUUGCUAGGUAAUAAUAAAGGUGACCCAAGGGGUCUACAGCCUGGAUGUUUGGUUGGCCUGAAUGGUGGUGUUGGGGGGAAGGGAUCCUUCUCUUAGGAAGGUGAAUCUCAGAAAUCCAUCAGACUACCCAUGAUAGGAAGGGCUGUGCUGAGGGUAGCCAAGGUGGGGACCCAGCUAACCAAGACUGGAUUCCUUGGAAGGAGAGGGAGGGAAUGUCUUCCCCUCCCCCCUUCCCUGAAGUCUUCCAGCAAAGUUUGCUGGCUGCCUCCUUGUCGGGUACGUUAUACAGGGGACCCCUUUCUGUCAUGGUUUGGUGAACAAGAUGGCCUCUGGAGUCCCUUCUGGCUCAGACAUUCUGGGGCUCCAAUUGGACCCCGAUUUUACUCUGACCACUUGCUGCCUUCCAUGAAUCAGUGAAAAAUGACCCUUAAUAGGGGAGGUCCUUGAGACCUAUAGGAUAGCGUAAUUCAGAGGAAAAUCUGGUAUCUGACUCCAGAGGACCUGGGUUCAAAUCCCACUUCUGAUGUAACCCAGCUGUGUGACCAUGGGCAAGUAAUUUUCUCUAAGCCUCCAUGUUCUUACCUGUAAAAUGAGGGGGUUGGGCUAGCUGACCUCUUAGGUUCCCUCUGGCUCUGAGACUAGCCAUGUGAAAUGUGGGCCGGUUGUUUCUCCUCUCCAGGACUCAGUUUCCCCAUCUGUAAAAGGAGGGGGUUUCACUAGAGGUAGUCCCUUCCAGCUCAAAGCUAUGAUCUCCCAAUCUUUUCCUCUGCUGGCUAAGAUAUAAGAGGUGGUUUCCUAUUCUGGGGACUCCAUGAUCAGCACCAAGUUGGGAGAGGAUGCCCAUUCGGGUUUUUCCCACCCUCUUCCCCAGGAAGGUCACCCUGGACUAGAGGGUAAGCAGGGUAUAGAACUCUGCUGCUGCUGCUGCUGCUGCCUCCACAGUGGGUGUCUGCAGUUGUCUCCUGGGAGCUUUCAGGAAGGAGUAGAGUGACGUGAAGCUGGUCUCCAGGAAGUGGGGGAUAGACCCAAAGUGAGCACUUGAGGCCCCUGGCCUGGGUGAGGCCAAAGGUAAAUGGUUGAGAUGAGGAAUAAGCAGGGAGUGAGAAGCACAGUAAACUCCCAUCUAUACCUUCCCCCAUCCCCCAGCACAACCUCAGUAGCCACUUUUUGCCUUUCCUGGUUGUCUGAUGCUCUCUUCAAUCAAUUACUAGUAAUUAUUAAGCACUACUGUAUACCAGGCACUAAGAAUGAAUGUACAGUACAAAGAAUGAAAUAAUCCCUACUCAUGAGGAACUUAUGUUCUGGUGGGGAGACAACUACCUCUUGGCAGGAGCUUUUUUAUUCCUUCAGCAAGCAUUUAUUAAGCACCUACUAUGUGCCUGUCACCAUUGUGCUAGACCCUGGAAAUAGAAAAACCCAAAUAACUCCCUGCCCUUCAGAAGCUUACACUCUGCCAGAUAUCAGCUGUAUAUUUGGGAACACUGUCCCACAGUCCUCAAUUGGCCAUUGCCAUGGGUGCCUUUCCACUGAGAAUGGCUGAGUCCUUUUAUAUGGUGUGAGAUGUGUAGAUGGGUGAGUCUGCCCCACAGAGGGGGUGUUGCAGAGAAUCUCAGAGGAGAGGGGAAAUCUAUCCAUGAACCCCACCCAGGUCAAGAACUCCUGCUCUAAUCCUACCCUCUAGUUCUGAUGAGGAAGUGAUAGAGAGGUGAAUGACUCGCCCAGGGUCACACAGCUAGUAUCUAAAGUGUGCUUUCAACUCUAGUCCUCUGAGUCCAGUCCUUACACAUGUGGAUUGGACUCAGUUCUUGGGUUCAUAUUAUAGACACAACCAACACUGGCAGUUUGUCCCCAUCCUCCCCAAAAAUGGGCCUUGGAAAAUGAUGGCUGAUCCAGUAGAGGUCAUUAGGCCUGGAGAAAGAAGAUAAGUUGAGCCAGAGAAGGCCUGGCUCAAAAGACCUUGGGAGGCCCAACCUUUCAGCCCUGCCCAGAACUUGACUAGGCCCAGCAUCCUUAGCAGUGCCUUUCUUUAUUGCUACUGAGAGUGCCCUGGGAGCGGUGUAGUGGUCAAGCUCCCGCAUCCUCAUCCCGGUCCCUUUGGCAGUUGGGGUCUUCCCCAAGGGAUGGGGGGAGAGGGUGGUAAUUACUCCUCCUGCCCACCCCCCUCCCUUAGUCUUCAUCUUCACCACCUGCUGAUAAGGCUGGCCACUCACUCUGGUUCUCACCUCAAAGUCGGCAAGCCGACCUGAAGGACCACCCCCUCCCCCACUCUAAAGAAGGUACAAGGUCCUUGAACUCAUUCUUGUAGGUGACAUGCCAUCAAACACCAUCCCUUGGCCCCCCUUCCAAGCAGGAGAUUCACAGUCUUUCAGGCCCUGGGCUCCCACUUCUCUGCUAAAGGAGGAAGCCCCUCUGGAGAGGGGGGAGGAGGUGAGAAAUCACCCCCCCCUUCCAACAGCUCUUUUGAUAGCCACACCUUGCAGUUCCCAGAGCCCGGGGCGGGGGUGGGGUGGGGUGGGGGGGUGAAUGCUGAGGCCAGAUCGCAGGAGUCCAAGGCCCUGCUGAUCUCCGCUUCUCAGCUCGACCCCCUCUCCAUCCACCCUGGCCAGACAAGUUCCUUCUGAACACUCAGCUCCAUUUGCCUCACAUCUUAGUGUCAGCAUCAUAUGAUGCCGGAGCCAAAAAGAGAUCCCAGAAGCCAUCGAGUCCUUGUUUAAAGUGACUGAAGCCAAAGCCCAGGGACAGGAAAGGAUUGCUGAUGGGCUAAUGGGGACCCCCAGGGGCAGAGCCUCUUCUUUCUGUUACACCUAGAUCAGUGUCCUUGUGUGUGCAUGCCUGUGCCCCUGGGUGUGUCUGGUUCCAUUGGGACUUUCCAGGCUGGGCCCGCACCUUCCCUGUUUAAGGAAUAGGGUUUCCCCCAGACCUCCAGGGCCCUGAGUAUUGGCUCUCUUCAGCCUGAUAACUCACAGACCACUCCUGGUUUUCUGCCUUUCAAGCAUCUUCUGCCCCGAGACCGUGGGUUUUGUGUCUCCCGUUGACCAGAUAGAGCAAAGGAAGGCUAGAGUACUAUAGUAGUCUGGGUGUUGGAGGGGAUAGAGAGCCAGGCCUGGAAUGAGAUCUGGGUUCGAAUCUUAACCUUUUGUUUCAAGUCCCUCUUUAAAGAUAGCCUAGUCAUCGAGCAUUUAUUAGGUACCUACUAUGGGCCAGGGACAGUGCUAAGUGCUGGGGCGGGGCGGGGGGGGGGUACAAAGAACAGUAUUGCAGCCCAUACUGUCUAUGUGACCCGAGCAAAUCACAUCCACCCCCCUCCACAAUUCUCUAAGAGCAGGUGUCAUUCUGCAUAGCAGGAAGAAUUUCCUCCCUAGGAGUCCCCUAUGCCAGUGAAAUCAUACCGUCUAAAAGAAGCGGGAGAAAGCAUACAUUUACUUAAAUACAAUAAGUAUAUAAUUAACCACUUGGUGGGGUAGGUGAGAGCCUGAGUCAAGGUCAGGGCUUGCUGACUGGGCUCAAGGGAAUAGAAGAGAUGCCCUUAGGAUUCCCUCCCAGGUGGGUGGGAUGAUCUCCCAGCAUGAAAACGUACAGACAGUAUUGCCUUGACAGUUCAGAGGAGCCCUUAGGUACUGAGUGACUCCAUUCCUUUGUCAGAGAAGGGUUAACUCCCUUUUCUAAUUCGCUUCCUUUAUAUUAGACUAGGAAGGAGCUAGCAAGCACCCAAACUUCCCUCCUCUCCUUUACUUGAUUGUGUUUUGUGGGGGUGGGGUAGGGACGAGGAGGAGAGUUCUGUUUUUAAAGGUGAGGAAAUCACCUGAAACAUUUCUCCCACUUUGGCCUUUUUGUUCAUCUUUACAGGUGACUGUGAAAUGAAACGUAGCUGAAUUGCUUGCAUGUGGCUUUCCCUAGUUUUGUUUAUGCGAUAUAUUGGAAAGAUAAUGAAUACUGUAAAUUAUUGGCAACUGUCUGAGGAGAAAACCCCGGAGUCCUUCAUGGGCUGAAAAGACCACUGAUUAGAACCCUGCUUGGAACUGGUCCUUACCCACUUUUUAAAAAAAAUUAAGGCCCAGGGGCAGCUAGAUGGCGCAGUGGCAAAUAACUGGCCCUGGAUUCAGGAGGACGUGAGUUCAAAUCCGGCCUCAGACUCUUGACACUUACUAGCUGUGUGACCCUGGGCAAGUCACUUAACCCUCAUUGCCCUGCACAAACAAAACAAACAAGGCCCAAAUCCAAACUUUGUUUGAGAUAGGAAGCAAACCUUAAGGCCUUAGAAAUCAUUUCCUAAUUCCAGGCAAAGCCACCCAGCCCCGGGGGACCCCUUCACCCUCCCUCCUGACGCUGGCUGGCCAUCUAUUUUCUUGGAUGUCCAACUUGGUAUUUUGAACUCUACUAGGUUCUAGUUUCCAUUUAGAAUGGCAGGCGUGGACUGGAUUUCUCAGUGGCCAUUCCUUAAAUAUGCAUGAGGCAGUGGAGUCUUUGGCAUUUAUAAUGUUUCUGAUGAUACUUAAAGAUGUGCUUAGCUCUCUUAGCCUGUAUUUUUGUUUGGGGUUUUUACUAAUUUUGGGGGGCACAUAAAUGUGAAACUGGUAUGGGAGAGAGGAGGGGCUGGUGUAAUACUGCUACAUCCUCUGAGAUUUCACCUUGUGUGUGUAAACAGUCUCAUAGGGUUAAAAAAUGAACUUGUUUUCUUUUUAAAUGUAAUGUAAAAUUUGUACAGCAAAAAUUUUUAUAUUUUCUAUCAACUGAGUUUGUCUUCCACAGAUGCUAUUAAUUUAAUUAAAAUGGUUGGUGUUAUUAACAAGUGUGUUGUAUUAGUCAUGUUACUGUCAGGAGUAGCCUCAGUGCCAAUGGAAUUCUGAUCACUUGGAGAGCUUUUCAGUGAAUAAAAUCGAUGUGCUCCAUCAAAACAUGA